UUGAGGUCUCACUGUAGUAAGAUAAUAGACAGGUAAGAGACAGACAGACAGAGGGAGAGAAGUAGAUAGCUAGUGCAUGUGUGUUUGUUGAUGUGUAGGAGGGACAACCCAACCUGCAUUCCUUUAGAUGUUAUUUCAGUGUACCAUAGCCAACAGAGCAUGCUGGGAAAGAUAGUCCAGAGGCAGGUGAGGAGGGUGCAGGUAGUAAGAGACAGGCAGGACAACAUGCCCAGUGCCCACUCCACAUACACCCAAAGUGCCAUUUGUCCUGAGAUCAGGCUCCCAAGCAGCACCCAAUAAGCAGCACCCAAUAAGCAGCUGCCGGUGUGAAUGGAGCAAGAAGUUGCCCUGCCGCCCCCCACCCCCAGUAUCAAUCACAUUGUUCCUCCUCUUCUGCCUCUUCCCUCGUGUGAAUUCCGUGCGAGGCAAGGGGAUCCCCUAACAAAAGGAUACCGGUUCCUGCUAGAUUAGGCUGCUCUCUCUCUCUCUCUCUCUGUGUGUGACUCCCAGGCAGCAGCUGCACUCACACUCACUCACACACAGGGCAGCAGCAGACACCAAACUACAUUGUUAUAUGAUGGAAAUAAAUGGCACAUCUGUGUCGCUCCCUCACUGCUCUAAUGUGUAAGGAGCACCUUAAGUGUUAGCCACGCCCCCCUCGCCAUCACAUUGGCUGAGAGCGAAUGCGAGGAAUUGAUUGCUGCUGCCGCCGCCGCCGCUGCCUCUCAAUGCAAAACUUGUUGCUGCUACUGCUGCUGCUGUGUCGGGCUGGGUGAUCGGCGAGGGAAGAGCCGGGACCUCACACACUCAAAUCCUUCUGCCGCCGGGUCUGACGGAGGGGAGGGGGGCACAUCCUCCUUUCUCUGCUGCUCUCAAGCCCCAAUUGCCUGAUCGUGAACAAAGGGACAAAGCUAGUGGCACCACAAGUGUCUGGUUGCAACAGUCGGGACAGCAGCAGCAUCAGCCCCUGCUCGUGGGGACAGCAGCAGCAUCAGCCCCUGCUCGUGGGGACAGCAGCCUGCGCUCCGGGGACAAGAGCAGCCCGUGAUUGUGGGGACAGGACCCUGCGCCCCUGGACAGCGCCCUCAGUUCUAGGGACUGCACGAGUCUGCGCUCCGGGAACACCGCUAGUGUCGGCUGCCAGUGAGCUCUGGAGCAGAUGACAGUCAGUACAGUGACACACGGCAGAGGUGGGAGAGCUGAAAGUUGCUGCCAGUUACAGGCCACCCAGUCGUGAUAAAGCAGUAGGACGAGUUGUCGGGGAUGUGUGUCCCUAGCUGAAGGCAUUGUCACACUCUGAGCUAUUGGCUGAACUUUUAUCGCUACUUUGCUGGAUGUGUUUGUGGAGCAGGGAGAGAAAAUGUUGACUUGUGAUCUCACAGGCCAGGCGCUAUCAGGUUACAAAAUGUGAUCUCAUGUGAGAGUGUUGCACAGCAUCAUCCCCGCUCCACUUCUACUUCUUCUUGUACUUGUGUCUGUGGCUCCGCUCACUGUGUAUGAAUUCCGCCACAGCCCCGCUCUCCUGCUUUCUGCUGCUGCUCGGCCACUGCGACAAGCGACUGCGAUAGCGAUUAGGAGUGGGACUUGCUGCCAUGCCUUAUUGAUCGCGUUGGAAUUAUGUUCGGGCUGGAGCAGUUUGAGCCGCAGAUCAAUAGCAGAAGCGCCGGCCAAGGAGAGAGAAACUUUCCAGCUCAGCCCGGGAUGAACAUGAGUUCACACUUCAAAUCCGCUGCCUCGUUUCAUUCUGCCGGGGCCCCGGGCUCGGUGGAUUCUGCCCUGGGAGCGUUGAACGAGAAUUCUAUGUUAGGCAUGAACCUCAACUUAAACGGAGAGCCCUAUGGCUUCCACUCUAGGGGACAAGCAGACAUGCACCCCGGGGGAAUGCAACCACAGCCUGUCCAUGGCUUCUUCAACAAUCAGCCUCAUCACGGCCACCCCAGCACCCACCCGCACCCCAGCACCCACCAGCAUCACCCUCACUUCAGCGGCGGCAGCUUUAAUGGAGCCGAUGCCGCUGCCUCCUGCUUGCACGGUGCUCGCUUCAUGGGCUACAACAAUAACAUUGCAAACCAACAAGCCUUUGCUGAGGGCUAUGAGCAGAUGGCAGAGAAUCAAGCAGGGGAAGGUUUUGUACAGCAGAGGUCAGCGAAUAUGUCUGAAUUUCAGCACCCCAACUCUAGUGCUACUAACAAUGCUGUCCCUGCACCUUGCCUUCCCCUAGACCAGUCUCCCAACCGUGCUGCUUCUUUCCAUGGGCUUCCUACAUCCUCCACCUCGGAUUCCCACAACCAGGAACAAAGGAGGAUUCACAAUCAAGGAGGUGUUGAACCUCUGGAAUACAAUUAUCCCGGCGAUGGCCCUUCAGGACACUUUGAGGUACCUGUGUUUUCUCCAUCAGAUUCAGAUGGCCAUUACGGAGCUGGAAGGCAGGUCCCCAGCAGUAGUUUCCCUGGUACUUCUGUGUUACCCAGACCUCCUGGCUUAGUGGGAAUGGGCAAAGUUCACCCACAGCAGCAGCAGGGUGUAUUUUUUGAGCGAUUUAACAAUGCACGCAAAAUAUCAGUGGGCAUGGAUCCUGCGGUCAAUGGCAGACAUCCCUUACUGCAACAGCAGCAACAGACUGGCUUACUUGCAAGGCAAAACUCUUGCCCACCAGCAAUCCCCAGGCAACAGCAAACUGAAGCCAAUACCUCCAACCCAAACUUGCAGGACAAUGGACCAGUAAUGCAAAGCCAGCAUGCACAGUUUGAAUACCCCAUUCAUAGACUUGAGAAUAGAAAUAUGAACCCAUAUUCAGAGUCUGUUUUCAGUAUGCAACAAACACCUCCACAGCAACCUCCAAAUCAAAGAUUGCAACAUUUUGAUGCUCCCUAUAUGAGUGUUACUAAAAGGCCACGCUUUGACUUCCCCAAUAAUCACACCGUGGAUAACUGUGCUGCAUGGAAUAAUAGUAACAUUCAUAAUGCUGCCAUUGAGAGUCAUCUGUCUCCUUCUACAUACCCUGGUCUUCCAGGUGAAUAUAAUCCUCAAGUGCCGGAAAGUUUUCCUCCUGGCCCAGCGCUGCAACACCCUGGCUCAGAUCACCAGUCACUUCAACAGCGCCAAAAUGCAGCAAUGAUGAUAAAACAAAUGGCUUCCAGAAAUCAGCAGCAAAGAAUGAGACAGGCCAAUAUACAGCAAUUGGGUCAUCAUGGGGAUGUCAAUCAAAGCAGCAUUGUACAUGGAGGUCACGUGGGUGGGAUGCAGCAACCUAACUUUGAUCGUGAGGGAGGCAGGAUUGGUACUUUUGAUCCUCAAAAUCCACAUGUGGCUCAGGAAAAUGCUUGGUUUCCUGGCACUCACCCACCUGGAGAUAUUCUUCAAAGGAGAAUGGGUGGCUCAAACCUGCCAGCUGACCCUUCAUCCCAUGAUAUGAAUUUACAGCAAAAUGGGUCAAAUUUAUUAUAUAGACCAGGUGUAAAUAGGAUGGGCAUCCAGGAACCUUUGGGAAUCCCAGGGGAAGGUCAUGUUCAGGCUUUGCAUUCACCUGGUAUGCACUCUCAGUUUGGAAGCAAUAUGGCUAACCUUUCCCAAAUGCAGUCACCAGGAGGAGGUGUAGGGCUUUCUAGUGCACCAGCAGAUAGAAGGGGCCCUGCAGAUUUUACAGCUUCAUCCAUAGGUGGGCAGACAGGAUUUCCAUUUGUAGGAGCAAAUAGACAGUCAACUCCACACAAUCCACCAGGUGUCAACUCAUCCCCAAGUUCCUACCCACCACAGUCAGAUUUUCAAGCUAGCCAGCGCUCUACGGCAAGCAAACUAGGAGCUCUAUCUCUUGGUUCAUUUAGCAAGUCCAAUACGAAAGAGAGUAUGUUUGGGCAAAGCUGUUUAGCUGCACUUUCUACAGCCUGUCAGAAUAUGAUUGCUAGCUUGGGUGCGCCUAACCUCAAUGUAACAUUUAAUAAGAAAAGCCAAACUGAAGGCAAGAGAAAGUUGAGCCAGACAGAAACAGACAUUAAUAGUAAUUCUGGUAAUAACACUAGUUCUGAUUAUUUUCCAGGGGCCUCCUCACAAAAUAAUCAAGUGUCUGCUUCUUCCAAUGCCAACAAUAAGUCUACAGGGCAGGUAGGCGCAUCUCAGCCCACACAGGGAGAAACCAGUCUUUCCCCAAACUACAACAUUGAAGUCACUCCAGGCAAUGAUGGAAAACCAGUGACAGCUGGUGGGAGAGGGAGGGGCAGGAGAAAAAGAGACAGUGGGCAUGUAAGUCCAGGUAAUUACUUUGAAAAAUACUCUGCAGACAGUGGAGGUGCUGUUGUAAGCCCAGGGCAGCAGGGUCCAACAGCAAAUUCAGGGGAAUCUGGGGGUGUUCCACAUGACAAACCCCUGACUUCACCAUCUUGGGGGAAGGGAGGGGAACUUCUUCUUGGUGAUCAGCCUGAUCUUAUGUCAUCUUUGGACAGUGGCAUUCAAAGUGUGACCAAGUCAGAUAGCAGCUCACCUGAUGUUGACUUUGGGGAAGAUGUCAACACCACUUAUGGGAAUGAAGAUGAAGUGUCCUCUAGUUCAGAUAACAACAUAGCAAAACCUAAUAGCUGUCCUAUAGUAACAGGGUCUCCAAAAAUUCAGCGAGGUGACCAUGGACUUCUUAAUGGACAAAAGUCAAUGGGUAUAAACUUGUUAAAUAACACUACCUCUCUCCCAGACAGUUAUGGAUUGAGUAGCACUGGGGGUGGUCACCCUGGCACACCAGGGAUGGAACAGGUUCGAACUCCAACUAGCACAUCAACACAGGAUGAAAUCCACCCUUUAGAGAUACUCCAAGCACAGAUACAGCUUCAGAGACAACAGUUCAGCAUUUCUGAAGACCAGCCCUUGGGAAUGAAAAAUAAAAAAAAUGACUGUACUGCUCAAAAUGUGGACAGUGAAUUGAACAGUUGUUGCUCUGACAAUGUUAAAAACUCUAUGAGUACUAUAGACCUUGACUCUCUUAUGGCAGAGCAUAAUUCUACAUGGUACAUGCCUAAUGAGAAAUCAUUGAUGGAGGGAGAUGAAGAAGACAAAUCUAUCACACCUUGGGAAAAAUCAAAGAGCCAACUAACCAACAAAGAAGCCCUUGAUCUUCCCCAGAACAAGACCUCAGCAGCGGCACAAAAUGGAAGCCAUUUACAAUGCCUCUCGGUUCAUUGCACAGAUGACAUUGGAGAGCCAAAGGGUAGGACUCCUGUUCCUACGUGGAGAUCUCUUCAUUCUGACAUCUCCAACAGAUUUGGGACUUUUGUGGCUGCCCUUACUUGAAAACUGUUCAACAAACAGAUAUUUUUGAUGUCCUUUUACUACAGGGCCACUAAUGAUAGGUGGACUAUUUUGCUUUAGGUUGGUACUUGCUUAGUGGCAUACGGAUUUCCAAGGCUUAAAGUAAACCUCAUAUUUUUUAAAUUUUUGCCACAGUAUGAUACCAGUGUUAAUUCUUCAUCCAACAAGUAUUUAUGCUUCACUUUCCUCUCUUGUAAUUCCCUAUUUAAAUCUGGCAAAACGACUAUCUGGGUUAAAGGAGGGCUUUUUGUAUGUCUAAAUGGUGUAUAUUUUCUCUUUCUGCUUUAUUUUGUGUUACAUGGCUUGUUUUAUGAGAAAAAAAAGUUUGAUUUCCCCCUGUUGAACUAAAUAAGCAAACAAACUGACUUUAAAAAAAAAACAACAUUCAGUUCUACAGUUCAGACAUUUAUACCAAGAGGUUCAAAUGUAUUAAAGUUGUAAUUGUUUUGCACAUAACCAUACAAAUGAUGCUGCUGUGUUGUUUGUUAGGUGUCUAAAACAUACAUUGUCUAUCUAAAGAGAUUACGGCAAUGCUAAUAUAUAUAUAUAUAUAUAUAUAUAUAUAUAUAUAUAUAUAUAUAUAUAUAAAUAUAUGAUGUAUGUGUAUGUUAAAAUGAUUUGACGGAGAUCCUUGGUCUUCAUUCCUCCAAUGAGGUUGAAUUAGAUAAGAACAUUCAGCAUCCUGUACUUUUUGUUCAGCAAUGGUCUGAAAGAUCCAUGCAUAAUUGAAUACAUUUCUUCAUAAAUGUCAUGGGGGUAAAGAUUGUCAAUAAAAUAUAUAAUUACGUUUA